GCGGAGAAGCUUGACAUGAAGAGCAGAGUCAUUCUUAACCAUAGAGACAGAAGAGAUAAGAACAACAACAACAACAAUAAUUACACACAGAUUGAUACUAUGGAGAGAAAGCCUCUUGAGGUUGAGCCAUCAACGACGGCGGUGAACACCUACUCCGCCGUCGAUGGCGGUGGUUCUGAUGGUGUGACUUCGAAGGUCGACGACGAGCAGAGAAAAAUCGUUUAUAGAGGAUGGAAAGUCAUGCCUUUUAUCAUUGGUAAUGAGACAUUUGAGAAGCUUGGGAUCAUAGGGACAUUAUCAAACCUUCUUGUGUACCUAACUUCUGUAUUCAACCUUAAGAGCUACACAGCUGCAACUAUCAUCAAUGCCUUUAGUGGUACAAUCAACUUCGGGACUUUUAUUGCUGCUUUUCUUUGCGACACAUACUUUGGUCGCUACAAGACUCUCAGUGUC